AUGGCUGGAGAGCUGAGGCUCAUCAAAGUUCCGAGGUGGCUCUCCGAGAAGUGGCUGAGCUCGCAGCCCAACGAGGUUGUAGCCGACCUGGACUUGGACACCAACACCCUGCGUCUGCGGGGCGCAGGUGUGGCCACUUUGCAGGUGGAGCGCAGGGCCUCUCCGGAGCUCUUCAGCUUUUGGCUGCCAGGGAAAGACUCCCGAGCGCCCGCGGAUGGUGAGGUGCCCAUCGAGGGGCCCAUCUUAGAGGCGCUCAGCGUGCGGCCCGACCUCAAGGACACCGGCUACCGCAACCUUUUGCAGCAGCGCACGGAGGAGACCGCCUCUGCCUCGGGCCGCAGCCGGCACGAGGAGAAGAUCAUCCAGGGAGACGAGCGGCCCAAGGUCACUAGGAGCGCAGCGCCGGCGAAGGCGCCGGAGGCCUCCUUCGAGGAGGUGCUCUCGGUGGUGGAGGCCGCCCUCAAGGCCGCGGGUCCUGCGGGGCUCACCGGCAUGGAGAUCUUCGAGAAGCUGCCCACCGGGGGCUGCAGCCUGGCGCAGCUCCGCGACGCCCUGCUGGCGCUGGCAGUGCCCUCACUCGAGGGGGGCUCCCGGCGCUACAAGUAUGCCCCCUGCCUGGGGCGUGCCAAGUCGGGGAAGAUGAUGCGCUGGAGCGGAGGUGAUGCCGACUACAGUGACGAGGCUGGCCAGCUUGAUGACUGUUUGCAAGGAACAGCAGCGUUGACGGAGCGCAAUUGCUGGCCGCAUUUCGCAAGCCACCGAAUCUCCUGCGUGCCGCAGCUGUUCUCGAUUGCCCGGCCGCCGGGCCAGAGGGCGGACCUUGACUUUGGACAGGUGUGGAAGGAUGAAGAGAACCCGGAGCGCAGUAGCCUUUGCUGCUCGCGCCUGAGUGUUCGCCAAGCGGGGGCCAGAUCCAUUCGACCCGCCUGCGAGUCGAUGGGCCUCUUGCUGCCUCGGGGCCAGGAGCGGGAGGUAGGAGAUGCGGUGAGGGCGGUGAGCAGCAUGCGGUUGCAUGCCUUGCUCCUUCUCUUGAUCCAGGUCGAUGCGCAAGACUACAUCUUUGAGAAGCUCACUGGCGGGGGAUACACCUGCUCGGCCAACUUCAACGACAUCACGAGCAGCGCUCUGUGUCAAGCCGCCGCGACGGCUGGAGAGGGAACUUGGGCGGGGGAUGUGACCACCGCGGCUGCUCCCUCGGGCUGCUAUUGGACAGUGGCGCUGGGGGACCUGAACUACAACUCCGAGCCGGUGGGCAGUGCCUUGGCGCCCGACGGAACGGCUUUCGCCGUGCUUUGCUACCAGGAAACCACCACCACAACCUCGACCAUCAGCACCACUACCAUCACCACCACGACCAUCAGCACAACGACUAUCAGCACCACGACAUUCAGCUCGAGCUCUACGACCAUCACUACCACCUCCAUCACAGUGACCUCCACCAGCCUGACCACCAGCUCGAGCAGCAGCACCAGCACCAGCUCCUCCAGCACUACCGUCUCCUCAACCACAUCAACCUCAAGCACCACGAGUAGCUCCACCUCAACGACCAAAACAACCUCGACGACUACGUCAACAACAAGCAGCAGCUCCUCGUCAACCUCGAUCACCAGCACCACAACGACCACCUCCACCACCCCGCCGGACAUCUUCAACGUCACCUGGGCGCAGACCUACAUCCGCCCGGUGCCAAACACCGAGCUGGCCAUCUCGUGCUAUCCCACCGCCUGCAACGAGCACGCGGUGGGGUUCCUCGCUGCGAUUGAUCCUCUCAGCAUCAACUUCGUGGAGACAACCUGUGAGUCCAUCACUGAGUCAGCGCAGCAGCCGCUGACGGUGUACGACCCCAAGAGCGCCAGGGUGGUGGUGCGGGCCACCCAGGUGAACUACCUGUACCCGCAGGAUGGGCCCAGUCCGGUGGUGAACUACAAGAGCGCUUGGGAGCCGGUGGUGGACUGGGCGGUGAACUGGACGCUGAAAGUGGUGGAGGGCAACGAGCUGCGCAUGGGCCGGGUCUACCGCCUCUGCGUCGAUGUGUCGGGCCCUGGUGGCUACAACGGCCUUCAGCUCGGGGACUCCACGGAGAUCGUCCAGGUCUACGUGGCCGGCAUCCGCGCCGUUCUCUACGACGGCCUGGUGCCAGGGAACUACUCCACGCUGCAGGUGCUGUGUGAGCCCACUGGCGAUCUCUACCAGCUGGGGUGCCAGACCUAUGCGCUCAACAACUCGCUGUACAAUCCAGGGGCCACCAGCGCCUACCUGGCCGUCACCUGCGACUCCGCCGACUACGGCGGCUUCCGCGUGGGGGACUUCCCCAACGAGACCGCGUCGGCAUAUUUGGCGGGGGGCGGCGACCCCUACUUCUACUUCGAGUGGGACACUCGCGACAUGCAGCUGGGAGUUCAUUACAGGCUAUGUGAAGAUCUCGACGGCGCGGACAGCGUGGCGGCCUUCAACUGGCCCGGGAUUGUGGUCUACGUCGGAGGAGUGACCUCCAUCGCCACGGUGCUACGGGACCCCAAGGACGGCCCCGUGGUCACCGCCGCCAGCGGGCAGCGGCUGCUGCUGAACUGCCUCUACGGCGCCUGCUCAGCAUCCGCAGAGGCGUUUUUGGGCUUGAGCUGCGACGUUUCCGACAACUCCACAGAGAGGAGCGAGUCGGCUGUCUUCGUUGAACGAAGCGGGGAGUGGCAGUGGGAGCUCAACUUGGAUGCCAGUAACCUCACCAACGGGACCACCUAUAUGUUGUGCACGGACUUGGAUGGGCUGGACUACGGGCAUCUGCAUUCGGGCUUCAGCGGGCUCUUUGUGCCUGUCACGCCCUUGACCCACAUCAGCGAGGAAUCGAUCCAGGCGGCCGCGAAUCAACAGGUGCUUUUUGUCUGCCACGGGUGCUUGGAGAUUGAGCACUACUGCGAUACGCUGGUUGGUUGCCCGGCGACAGAACCCAUCUAUGUGGUGUCGUCCGCGUAUUUAUCCACACAACCUUGUAACACCUCGGAUUCAGAUGGCGUGCAGCCAGCAGAAGGAGACUGGACCAUGAUGUCCUCCCCGCUGCGCCCCACCAGCAACAGCACGCGGGCCUCUUCGCUGAGUGCAUCGCCCGGCAAGGAGGGCCCUGGAUACAACACGGAAGUGAUCUUCGACGCAUCGAGUGCGCUCAUAGGAUACCGGUAUCGAAUUUGUAUGGACUUGGACGGGUCUUCCACCAACUUCAACUUCCACGACACAGGCUUCAGCGUGUACAUCACGCCUGUGUCUGUGGUGAGGCAUCGCGUUCUCAUCAUCGGAGCGCCGAGCUCGCGGCUGGAGUUCUCCUGCCACUCGACGGGGACGGUGGCCUCGAGUUGCAGCACCAGCUCCGCGGUGUACCUGGGAGUCAGCUGCGACCUGAAUCGGGACAUCGGCAUUCUGGCGGACUGGGAGAUCCAAACCUCCGACCACACGCCCACGGAGGUUUUGACCGAGAUCCCCGGGGCGGAGGGGAGCAUCUACGAGUUCCGCGUGGAUCUGAACACUUCGCACUUGCAGGUUGGCCAGACGUACCGGCUGUGCAUUGACACCGAUGCUCAGGGCGGGCUGUACUUUGGAGACUCUGGCUUUGAGGUGGCCAUCUCCGGCGUGGAAGCCAUCAAUCCCAGCGACAGCCUUGCCAUCGGCUCAGCUACAGUGCUGGACAUCUACUGCCCUGAGAAGUGCGGGGCCAGCACGACGGCCUACUUGGCGCAGGAGAGCGUGGGCUGCUACGGCGCCACGGGCGGCGGGGUCCAGGCCGCCGACGGUAUCCACGGCACGGCCUCCGCGAACCUGGCGGCGGCGGCGGUGCUGCCCACGUGGCAGGCGGCGUCGCCGUUCCUGCGGGAUUGGACGGUGACGCUCGACACCACGGGCCUGAAAGCGGGGGAGAGCUAUCUGCUCUGCGUGGACUUCGAUGGCGCCGGAACCACUGUGGGCUUCGCCAACGCCUUUGACGGCGUGCUGAAAACCAACCCCAUCGUGCCGGAGUACACGGCGCUGGCAGCAAGCAGCGUAGCCACUUUGCCGCUGACCUGCGACACCUGCAAUCAGAGCACCAUCGUGUACCUCGCCACCGCCUGCGAUGUGGAGUCGGUGGUUGGAGGCAUGAGGGAGAACUGCCUGGUCUCCUACUGGACGCUGGUGCCGCCGCAGACCUGCAGCGUGCUGCUGGAGGCCAACUUCCCGGCGAACAGCGGCUUCGUGCGCUUGAGCCCCCGCACGGAUUUGCCAGGCAGCCGAUGGACAGCUGAGCUUGACACCAGCGGGCUGAGUGUUGGUACCAACUACCGGCUCUGCGCGGAUCUGGACGGGGGGUUCACGGAGCAGGGCUUUCUGGAUGUGGGGCAGGUCAUGAUCACGGGUCUCCACCAGGCCCAGCGGUCCAUCUCCACUGCCGCCACACGCCAUGAGUGGAGCGGCGGCGAGAAACAGGCCCUCGUGUUCACCUGCGACAGCGCGGACUGCACAGCCGGCACCACCCUGGUGUAUCUGGGCACUAGCUGCGACACCAGCAGCGACAGCAGCCCCUUGAAGGUGGCGGAGCAAGGCGAGCAGACGGCCUCGGCGGCGCUGGAGGCGCUCAGCGGCUGGAGCGCGGAGCUGCUGCCCGAGCGCUCCGUGCCCGUCUUCGCGCGGGACGGCAGUGCAACAUACGUGUACUAUGAUGGCAGUAGUGACUUCAUCGCCAUGAUCGACACGAGCGGGCUGACCCCCGGUAUCUUCUACAAGCUCUGCGUGGAUCACGACGGGGGCGGCAAUUGGUAUGUGGGCGACACGGGGCUCCGGGUGUUGGCCACGGACCUCAGCGUGGCGAAGUCGGUGCACCGGGGCUUGCACCAGAAGCUCGCGGUGAACUGCACCCAAGGAUGCAGCUCCGACCUGGUGGCCCUCUUAUCCAGGAGCUGUGAUGAGGUCACGUUGGCCAGCGGGAGCGGGGGCACCUUUGCCAACCAGGUGGAGGGCACCGCUCCGGCGCCUUUGACGCGCUUCGGCGGGCCGCGGAUCUUCUCGGGCUUCGACUCGGACAACACCACCACCCUGGACACCCCGGGGGUGACCACGGGGGACACCUACCUGCUGUACCUGGACACCACGGUGCUGCAGUUGGGCCAGACCUACGCCUUGUGCGUGGACUUCGAUGGCUCCGGCGCCAUGGAGCUGGGAGACGCCGGGCGCCGGGUCUACGUCACCGGGGUCUACGGCUUCGCGGAGCACGGGGUGAUCAAGAAGGCCACCGGCCAGAUAGUAGAGCUUCGGUGCAACCCGGGCGAGUGCUCCAGCGCCAUGCGGGUGUACCUCGGCGUGUCUUGCGACUUCACUGUGAUGGACGGCACCUCCACGGCUGUGGCCGGUCAGCAGACGGACGCCGUGGAUCUCUACGUGGCAGGGCUGGACGAGGAUGCGGAUGACCGCGGCGGGUUGUUGGCCUCGGCCACCGCAGCACUGGAGGUGGUGCUCGAGACGGCGCCAUUGCAGCAGGUGCCGGUGGCAUGCGGGGAUUGCAGUACAUCGUCCAGCGCCUUUUUGUCGAUCAGCUGCGAUGUAGCCAUCCUGCCGGAGCUGAACCACUCCGAUGGCACGCAGCAGGAGCUCGUGGGCUUCACGACCGGCAGCGCGAACCUCUUCGGCACGGCCCCCAACUUCAAGGCCAUUGUGGACGCCAGUAACUUGAAGCCUGGGGCCUUGUACACCUUGUGCCUGGACAAGGACGGCACGGGCAGUGCCUUCGUCUUUGCUGCCUUCGGCCAGGUGCAGGUCUCCAGUCCGGUGCCUCACCGCUUCGGCUUCACUGUGGAUGGGUCGCAGCUCACCAUCGGCCGCCACUACCAGGUUUGCCUCGACGCCGACGGCACAAGCACGGGCCUGGGCUGGGGCGACACCGGGCUGCAGGUCUACGUCACAGGGGUCACGUACGUGUCGCCGGCGACGCUGACGCGUGGGUCCACUUCGACUCUGGACAUCACCUGCGAGAGUGGCGCGUGCUCCUCCACGCCAGCCACUGUCUUCGGCGGCGCCGGGAGGUCUGCGGCCUAUCUCUCCACGUGGUGCGACUCCGCGGUGUACGACGGCAUCAUCGACAUGGACCGGGUACUGCCCACCUCUGGGCAGAGCGUGAACGUGUACAACACGAUGGUGACCACGUUAGCACAGAGGUUCUACGGCAGUCCCACCACGAAGUUCGGCACGGAGACCUUCUCCGUGGGCCUCGACACCACCGGCCUGCAACCGGGAUAUCACUUGUCGCUCUGCACGGACCUCGACGGCCAGCAGACGGACAAGGCCUUCGGCCACUCCACAGUGGUCUACAUCUCUGGGGUGCACGGGGUCUCCACGACCCACGUCUCCGCCCAACCUGCGCAGCGCGUGGACCUCACUUGCGAUGCCGAUGCCUGCGGCGCAAAGGAUGCGAUGGCCUACUUGGCCAUGGAGUGCGCGAGCUUCGAGACGCGGCACUCGGGCGUGUCGGUGGGGGCGGUGGACGAGAUGAACCAUUUCUCCAGCCAGGUGCUGCCGGUGGGCGAGGCGAAGCACAUCAGCAAUUACUCCAGCGUGGCAGUGGAGAGUGCGGACCUGAUCCGUGUGCCUGCGGCCAGCGGUCAGAUCAUCACCUUCGACUGUUUGCAGGACUGCUCGACCAGCUCGUUGGCCUACUUGGCUCGAGAUGGCUGUGACUGGAACGUCUCAGGCACGAUGCCGGGGAAGUUCGGGCUCCAGACGGCCACCGCCUCUCUGACGGAGCACUGGCUCACGGGGAACUACUACUCCGCGGACCUGGACUGUGCGCCGCUGACCCCGGGAAAGCACUACAACCUCUGCGUGGAUCCCGACGGCGACGGGGUGGACUUCAACUUCGGAGACACAGGCGUCCGGGUUUUUGUGCAGGGCGCCUACACGCCUCCCACGGUGCUCUACGGGUCGCAGAGCGCCUGGUACUUCGAGGCGGACGCUUCGCACCUGGCGCCGGGCAGGCGCUACAAGGUGUGCACGGACCUGGAUGGGCGGCAUGGGCAUUUGAGGCCGGGGGACACCGGUUUCGAGGUCUUUGUGAGCCCGCUGGAGGACGUGGAGCGCCACAGCCUGCUGCUGAGCCGCGGGGCUGCGCUGGGCCUGGCCUGCGCCGGGUGCCAGGCCUCCGCGGGCGGCGCUUUGGGGCCGAGCUUCGACGCGGCGGCGUCGUGGCCGCGGCACGGGGCCUCCGCCAGCCUGGUGACCAACGUGGUGCUCGCCUUUAGCGAGGCGGUGCAGCUGGCACCGGAGGGGGUCUUCCAGCUCUGGGACACCACGGACGCCACGAAUCCGGCCUUCGAGGUGGCCGCGAAGGAAAUCUACGCGGCCAACGCCGCGGCCGGCGGCAGCCUGCUGCGCGAGAACCAGGUGCUUAUCACGCCGGCGACGCUGUGCACGGUGCCGGCGAGCUGCGACGUCUUCACCAGCGGGCGGAGCUACUAUGUGACCGCCAGCAAGGGUACGGUGCAAGACCUCUCUGGGACCCCCAUGGCCGCCCUGGACACCUCGUCCAGCUGGCAAUUCACGGCCGUGGCCACGGGCUCCGACACGGUGGCUCCGGAGGUGGCGACGGUAUCCCUUGUCAGCGUUUCCUCAACCCUGGCCACCGGCUUCAUCGUCUUCACCGAGGACGUGUCCCUCACGGGGUCGGCAGACAUGGAUCUCUCGCUCUGCGCCAGCAGUGGUUGCUCCACGAUCACCGGGGGCACCAAGUCGGCGACGCUGACUCCGCUCUAUGUGGCGGGGACCACAGAUCUGACGGCGAGCAGGGCCCAGAAGCUGGAGUUUGGAAUGCUGGAGUUCCAGUACGAGCUGCCGCAGGAGCGGCCGCAGCAGUAUCAGAUCCGAAUCCCCGCGGGCUACGUGACGGACACGGGGGGCAACACGGGGCCCAGCAGCAGCCUGGACAUCGUCUUCGACGUGGGCAUGGUGGAGGGUCAGGAGGUGCUGCCGGCCAGCGCCGGGUCACAGCUCUUCUUGGCGUCCCACUGCAACGUCACGGACACGGAGACCUAUUUCUGGCAGCACAGCCCUGGCGUGAACUCCCUGCCGGUGAUGCUGAGCUCAUCUGGCUCGGCCAGUUACCCGUUGGUGGUCACCUUUGAUACUGCCGACCUCAGCGCCAUACACUACGAGGUCUGCGUGGACGUGGACGGCCCUGGCCCGGUGCAUCGGCCGGGGCCCACGGGCCUCCAGAUCUUCAUGAGUCCGGUCACUGCAGUCACGCCGGGUACUGUGACGCAGGAUAAGAGCAGGACGGUGACCGUCUCCUGCCCGACGACCUGUACUGCGCAGACCUUCAUGUACUUGGGCAUCGACUGCGAGGAAUUGGCGAGGCCGGGCACCGUGCCGGAGCAGCCGCCCUUCCGCACUGCCAGCAGCCCUUUGAGGGCCACCGGCGUGGCAGGGGACUGGUUCUUCAGCUUUGAUGCCGCCAACCUCACCGCCGGCGUCUACUACCGCCUCUGCUUGGACACAGACGGGACGGGAACCACGAGAUACUACGGCGACACGCGGCACACCGUGUACAUCUCUCCAGUGGCUGGCCUGCGAUCGCCGGUGGUGGCUUCCUCCGCUGCGGCGGUGGUGAACGUGGCCUGCUUCGCGCGCCCGGAGGCAGACUUCGGCUGGUGGCCAGAGAACGACACAGAGGACCUCCUGAUGCAAGGCGUUCAGAACUUCUCAAAGAAUUAUGUGCACCAGCUGCACUGGUGCAACGAACUGACCAGCGGUCACCUGGCCACGACCUGCGACUCCUCCGUCAACGAUGGCUGGGUCUCCGAGAUCUACGCGGAGCGCACCACGCCAAAUACGUUCACGGGCACCACACACCUGGUGGUUUGGCAAGACAUCGCCCUGCUCGACAGCUUCGACAACCUGACCAGUCAGGCAGGCUACCGCAACGACGCCGCCUGCGCUCAUGCCGCCCUGGCGCGCGGCUAUGCGUACUGGACUCGCCUGGCAGCGGAGAACAUUUGCUGGUUUCUGCAAGCGAACGCUGUGGCCUACGCCUCCCAAGCUUCGGGCUAUUCCUCGGGGCCUGUGGAGGGUCAACUCUGGCUGCUGCGACUGGACACGCGGAGCCUGCUGCAAGGUCAGUACUACACUCUUUGCAUUGAUUUGGAUGGCUACCACCAGACGCAGUAUGUGGCCGACACCCUCAUGACCGUCUUCGUGUCGCCUGUGCAAGCGGUGGCAACUACGACAAUUUGGAAGGCACAAGAUCAGAACAUCUCCCUCGAGUGUCAGAAUUGCACAAGCUCAAGCAAGUUCACGCUGUCGGUGAAGUGCGAGGACGCCAUGGUGGUUGGGGAGUUGGUGGGUGAGCAGACCCUUGUGGUGACUCUGGAUGCUGCUGGCGAUGGCAUGUGGACAGCAACCGUGGAUGCGAAGACCCUGGCGGAGGGCAGGCACUACCGGGUGUGCUUGGAACUGGAGGAGUCCUCACCGCUGGGUGACACAGGUUUCCGCAUCUACGUGUCGCCGGUGUACUAUGUGACGCCCAGCAUUGGGGAUAGCCAGUUCGAGCAGCUGGAGCUGGCCUGCCCCUCGGCGCUCUGCAGCCGCGCUACGGAGCUGCGGGUGGUGCCGGCGUAUCAGCGCUGCGGGGAUGGAGACCUGGACGAGGUGGUCACUUUGUGGGUGCAAGUUGAGGGGCAGCCCACGGCCAAGGACAUGCGACCCUCGCGCCUCCGGGGCGGCGUGGAUGCGCUGCAGCUCUCAGAGGGCCGAGGCCGCGGUGCCUACUUCUUCGUCCUGGACGCGCGCCAAGUGGAGGCGGGUCAGAGCUACCGGGUUUGCAUCGACAUCGACGGCGUCUCAGGCUCCAACUAUGCCGAUGGGGAUGCUGGGUACUUGGUGUACAAGCCCGACACCACAGUUUACUUUGACGGCGUGGGGAAUUUCACACCGGACAACUUCAGCGCGCCCACCGCGAGGCGUUUGGAGGAAGAAGAGGCCAUGGAAGAUCCUGUCGAUCCCGACCCUCCGGCCUUGAGGUGCGACAUGUGCGACACGGGCGCCCCAACACCUUCGAGGGUCAACGAGCUGCCGAGCUUGCAGGUCCUAGCGGAGAGCCCGGCCGACGGCCAGAGAACACCAGCCCUGAGCCGUUCCUUGGUGCUCCACUUCGAGCGCGCCAUCCGGAGCUCUGCUCGCGUGGGCAGCUACCUCCUGGUGGAGGACCCCGUGCCCACUCCGCCGCGCCUCCGCGGCAUCCGCCGGGGCUCGGUGUACCAAACCGCGGUGCUGGAGUUUGACACUGAUCUCCGGCUCGGUGACGGCUUCUUCACAUUGAUCAAGGCCUCAACAGGGCGGCCCCACGGAGCCCCGGUGGAGUCGGCCGAGGUGGUGGUGGCUCGGAACAAGCUCCUCUUCCAACCAGAAACACUGCCGGAGCCGAACGAGCAGUACAGCAUCGUGGCGUCCAACGCGUCCACCAUCACGAGCUGGGCGGGUGUGGCCAUGGCUCACGCCUUGGACACCGGAAAAGCGGGCCACUGGCUGACCGUGCAGGACGAGGCUCGCGCGCGAGCUGUCUGGAGCACUCUGGACGACUAUCAUUGCCUGCCCAGCAACGGGAUCCUGCCAAGUAUCGACCUCCUCUGGACCGAGGAGCUCCUGGAGGUGGGCGACAUGGAGAUCAGGUUGUAUAGAUGCGGCCAGCAGUGUGGACAGCUACCGCCUGAGCCUUCACUCCUUAGCGGAGAUGGCCACGUUGACAAGGGCGACGUCUUGGAGUGGAAGGUUGCGGCUGGGGCUCAGACGCUGGCGCAGCCCUUGCGCCUCAAGGCCGUCGCCCAGGGCUUCCGCCUGUCCUUGGACCUCGGCAAUUUGCCGUCAAUGUUGGCUGGGUCCGCCGCUUUGCCGCUGCAGCAGUCCUGGUACCUACUGCAACUCUCCGGGGGCUGGCGGAGCGUCUCUUACCUCAGCUCGGAGGCGGCAGCUCUGCAGUUUACAGUCUGCAGUGCCUCCGGCAGCGGCUCUUCGCUGCGCCUCGGGGCGGCUCAGGGCUUCAGGGCGGCGCGGGUGGUGCUGCCGCAGGGAGCGGUGACGACUGACGGAAAGCCGAGCCCCGAAAUCAGCUUCUGGCAUGGCAGGCCACAGCAGCAGGCGGCGGAGUCGUGUUGGAGCGUCUCCGCAGCUGUCAGCCUGUGCCGGGAGGACGCAAGCGCGGCUGAGCCCCGCUACCAGAUCUUCUUUGGCCCUCCGCGUGGCACCCGAACGGCCCGGGUCUCCCGGCGCCUGGCCUUCGUGUCCCCGGUGCUCUCGGUGUACCCGGACUUCGUGGCGCUCGCCCCCGAGAUCUUCGCGGAGAACAUGGGGAGCAACGCCUCCGACUGGGCGGCCUCCCAGGAGCUGAUGCCGCCGCUGCGCCGAACCAACUUCACAGUGGGCUGCGAGGUGGGCAGCUGCAGCAUCGCCACCCAGGUGCGCUUGGCUCUGGACUGCGCAGCGGUGUCGGCGGUGCACCACCGGAGCUCCGGGCCCGGCUACAGCCAGGCGAUUGGCCUGGCGCCGGUGGAUGCCUUCCCCCCGAGCAGCGCCGCAGGGCACGAUGCGGAAGCCUUCCAGGCAAACCUGGAGGUGUCAAGCCUGCUGCCAGGCUUCCACUACCACCUCUGCGUGGACACGGACGGGUUCUACGGCACGGAAGCACCGGGGGAGUCGGGGUUCACGGUGUACGGUACCGGCGUCAGUGCAAUUUCGCCCGUCACCAUCGGCCAGAACACCACCCAGCGGAUGAUCCUCAACUGCUCUGCCACAGGAGGCUGCUCCACCGACAUGCGGGGCUACGUGGCUCUGGGGACCUGCGCGGAUCGGGGCGACGGCCUCCAGGCCGCGGGGCUGGAGAACUCCGCGUCGGCAAAGGUGUCCGCGGCCAUGGGCGGCAACAGCUUUGAGCUGGUUCUGGACACCUCGUUCCUGGCCUACGGUCUGCAUCUCCGGCUCUGCGUGGACCCGGACGGCGCUGGGCCGCUGCUCUUCGGCACCGCCGGGGUGGUCUACCUCAGCCCGGCCUCCAACGCCACGCCGGCGGUGCAGGCGGGAAACACGGCGAACCAAGUGGCGCUGAUCUGCGAAGGCUGCUCUACGUCCUCCUCCUUGCUCCUGGCCUCUGACUGCGGGGACCGCGUGGAUGCGGUCAAUUUGUCCUGGGGAACGGCCGCGACGACAUUGUCGCUGGACUCCGGCCUCACCUGGGCGGAGGUUGACGCCACCGGCUUGGCCGCGGGAGCUCACUAUCGCAUUUGUACAGACCUGGAUGGGCCGGAUGGCAGCAUGCUGGCAGGGGACACGGCGCUUGAAGCCUAUGUGACCCCCGUCACUGAGUGCAUCAAGUGCGCCGUGCGGCCGCUGGCCGCUCAGCUGCUGGUUCUCAGCUGCCCCUCCUGCGAGGGGCCGUCCGCCACCAUCGACGGCAGGAACAACAGUAAUUAUACCAUCAACGGCACGGAAGAGCUUGAAGAAAUGAUGGAGUCGAAUCUUUUGCCCUCCUACGACUUCAAAGCGCGCCUCUUCCUGGCGGCGACCAGCUGUGCUUCGCGGCCCACGACGCGGCUGGCAGCGGCCCGAGUCAAAGGAUGCGGGACGGGUGGCGCUGGCAUGGAGGACAUCUGCAACAGCUCAGCGAUUCCUGGGACACCCAUGGCAGGAGAGGUCCGCGUGGAGACUGACGUGAACUCCUAUGAGGCCUCCGUCACGCACCUGGACACUUUCUAUGUGGCCAAAGUGGACGCCACUGGUCUGGAGCCUGGCAAGGAGUAUCUGCUGUGCUUGGACCUGGACGGCCACGAGGGGCCCCAACGCUACGGCGACACGGGCCUGCGCGUGUUCGUGACCCCGGUGACCUCCGUGCACCUCACGGGCAGCUACCCAAGCCACCGCGCGGUGCCGCAAAGCGCCUUCACCUUCCAGGUGGCCUGCGCAGAUGGCAGCUGCCUGCCCUUCGCCUGGCUGUGGCUGGCGGAGUCUUGCGGCUGGCGCCAGGGCAGAAACGCGCUGCAGGUGUCCCCCACGAACCAGGCGUGGGCAGAGGUGGCAUUGGACGCCUCCGGCUUCGAGUACGGCGCCACGCUGCGGCUCUGCAGCGACUGGGGCGCCGUGGGCGGAACGCGCAAAGGCAGCGACACAGGCUUCGCGGCCUUCGUGACGCCGGUGACGCGGGUGAGCCCCUUGGCCAUCGAGGCCCAGGCGGGCCAAGUGCUGCACCUCGCCUGCGGCGGCUGCACCUUCGCGACCACUUUGCACCUGGCCACCAGCUGCAGUGGAUCCGCCCUCACCGUCCCGGCGCGGCUGGCGCUCUCGCCGACGUCCUCCCUUUGGACGGCCACGCUGGACGCGUCCUGGCUGCCGGCCGGCAGUUCUUUGGAGCUUUGCGCCGACUUGGACGGCUCCCUGACGCGCCUCUCCCCAGGCGACACCGGCUUCCGCAUCUAUGUCAAGGGCUGGACCGGGGCCGCCUCACAGGCGAUCCGGGCGGCGGACGCGCAGCAGGUGCUGGUCAGUUGCCAGAACUGCGGCGCGGUGACGUACGCCGCCCGCGCCUACGUGGCAGAGCAGUGCUCGGAGGUUCGGCCGCACGUGGCCUUGGCGGAGACCGGCACCGCUGCCUUCUUGGUGGAUGGGCGGUCGCUGACCAAGGGGGUGACCGCAAGGCUCUGCGCCAGCCUCGGAAGCAGCGGCUUCGUGGACACCGCGCUGGAGAUUUUUGUGAGUCCCUUCCAAGAGAUCCUGCCCACCAGGCUGCCGCUGGGCAUGGGGCAGCUGCGCCUCUACUGCGACCACUUCAGCUGCCCGACAGAGACCACGCUGGUGCGCAUCGCAGAGUCAUGCGUGGAGGACGAGGGCGCGGCCAUCGCGGAGGCGCAGGCUGAGGCGGCCGACGCCGCAGACUCGCUGGUGGCCACCUUGGAUACCUCGGGCUUGACGGCGGGGGGCCACUACCGCGUGUGCGUCCAGGUGGGCAAUAAGCAGAUGGGCGACACCGGGCGGAUCAUUUACCUGAGCAAUGUUUCGGACGUGACGCCAGGCGCGCUGCGGGCGGCGCCGGGUCAGCAGAUCUGCCUCAGCUGCCCGCAGUGCACGUCCUCGUCCUUGCUGCGGGUCGCCUCAGCGUGUUCGAGCUCUCUGGAGGCCUGCUUACCUUGGCAGACGGUCCGAGAGAUCAACUACACCUUCGAGGCAAGUCCGGGCCUGACAGGAGUGGUGCACCCAGAUCUUCAGAUCACCAAGAGCUACGACCCGUACCCAGGGGUCUUGGAGGCUGCGGACAACUACACCAACGCCAGCUACUCGCUGCCCUGUGCAAGGGCGCUGCGUGACCAGAGCGGCACGCCAGCCAUGCCGCUGAUGCCAGACAGGAGGGGGUGGUGUGCCACCCUGGACGGCACCGGGCUGAAGGUGGGCAGCUACAGCCUCUGCUUGGACAUGGACGGCGCUGGGCCGUUGAAAUCUGGCGCUGUCCGGGAGGUCUUCUCGGCCCCCAGCGGCAUGCUGGAAAACGGGGCCCAGCCGUCCACCCUGGUGCCCGAGGGUUUGCAAUGGAUCCGUGUCGGCUGCGGGAACGCGGCAUGCUCAGAGCUGACCACAGCCUACUUGGCUCUCAGCUGCGAAAGCGGCGAGGGCGACGAGGCCCCGCGGCGGUACCUGCGGCGCGUGGCCUCCAAGGCGGACGCGUGGCUGGUGCCGGCCAAUGCCUCGCGCCUCACACCAGGCGCGCACUACAAGAUCUGCAUCGACCUGGACGGGCCGGCCGAUGCCUUUGGUCCUGGCGACUCCGGCCUUGAGGUCUACGUGAACCCCUUGGUGCCUUUGGUGCCGCUGGCGAUCACCACUGGCACUUCGCGGCUCUCGGUGAGCUGCGCGAGGUGCACAUCAGCAGCCACCGCCUUCCUGGGAGCUUCCGGCUGUGAGCUCGGCUCCAGUGGCUCCGCAGUGACGCUGAAGCAGGACGGUGGUUGGAGCUUGGAAGUGCUCGGCCGCACCCUGCAGGUCGGGCAGUCCUACGUCCUCUGCGUGGACUUGGACGGCUCGGGGCCGCUUCGCCCCGGCGCCGCGGGGGCGGUCUACGUGUCGCCGCUGUCGGCGCCGCCGCCUGAGACGGCGGAGCUGGGCGUGGCGCGCCUGGUCUUCGAGUGCGCGGCCUGCCAAGCGGACACCACCGUACACCUCUCCGCGGACUGCCAGGAGCCCCUCACGUACCCCUACCCCGCUGGCGCCGUGGUGUCCUCCACGGACCGCACGGCCGCGGCCACGUUGGCGAGGGAGCGGGACUCGCGAACCGCCUGGGCCGCGGAGAUUCAGACGCAGCACCUGGCGGCGGGCGCGCGGUACCAUUUAUGUAUGGACCUGGACGGGCAAGGCAGCCUUCCUGUGGGCGACACGGGAGCUCUGGUCUACAUGAACCCAGUGUCCAGCCUGUCGCCCCUGGUGGCCCGCCCCGGGCUCCAGACCUUCCGCUUUGUGUGCGCCAAGUGCCAGGUGGGUGUCGCCACGAUGCACCUGGCCAGCGGCGCCUGCGAGUCGGCCUCAACGGAGGUGGCCAAAAUCUUCGGCUCGGCGCCCUCACAGGCGGACACCGCGCGACAGGCGACGGUGGACACCUCUCCACUGGCCUUGGGACGCAGCUUCAACCUCUGCGUGGACGUCAGUGGGUUGCCAGUGCCGGUGGCAUCGGUGGUACUGAGCCCAGUGGAGGAAGUGAGGCCCAAGAUGCUGCGGCAGGAGCUCGGCCAGCUGCUGCUUCACUGCCAAGGAUGCUCCAGCAUGACGGUGGUGCGGGUCGCUUCAAACUGCACCAGCGGAACGGCUACGGCGCUGGUGCUGGCCACCUCGGGGAAGCUGGCGGAGUCUGGGGUCAUGACAAACGUGGCGCCCACACGCACCGCUACUGGGUACUACCGCGCCUGGUGGACUUUGACGGUAGAGGGCGCCAGCCUUGCAGCAGGUGUGCAGCACAAAGUCUGCGUGGACCUGGAUGGCAUGGCAGGCGCAAACCAUGGCUUCCUGGACGUGGGGGAGCAGAUCUAUGUGAGCCCGCUGAUGGAGCUCCAGGAGUCCAAAGUCUCCGGAUCGCAGGUCUUGAACUUCCGGUGCAAGGUGAAAUGUGCCGGGCAGUUCGUGGGGAACCCCGUGCUGCUGCUGGCCACGGCCUGCGACACCACGGACUUCACGGGCACCACCAGGGCGCAGCCCCUGCGCUCCACUGGCGCCGUUCCCAUCCGCACGGCGGACGGGGGCUUGGCGCAGGCGGGGGGGUGGUACCAGGCGGUUGUCGACGCAUCCCAGCUGACCACUGGCAAGGAGUACCGUGUGUGCUUGGACAUGGACGGAACCCUCAGAGAUAUGGCGCUGGGCGACACUGGCUUUUCGGUGACAGCGAUGUAG